AGCAGUCUAGAUGCACAGUGCAAGUUGUUUUGUGCAGUUAUACUUUUAAUAUAUUUGCUUUCACUGUUGCAAAUUAUCAAUGGUUUCAAGGGGCAAGGUCCGAAUAACUGAAAAGAAUGGCAUUGCCCGUAGAACCACAGGCAGCAUGCCACACGCGAGUCAAUAAUUUAUAUGAACCGGAAUCAGUACAAUUUCUCAUGGUGGUUCUCUGGUUAGCACCCGAGUUCCACUCUUAGACAGUAACAGGUCCUUCAUCUCCCUGUAACUCCUCAGCUCUUCUAAGGCAU